AUGAACAGCAUAGACUUCAUGAUGAGUUCAUUUUACGACUCCAGUUACUUGGGCGUCCUUGUAUACGGACUCGGACUCCUUUGCGGUAUCGCCUUCCACUAUGGCCUCUUCAUGCAUGGAGAGUGGCAUGUUCAAGCUCCCCAGAUUGCUCUGGGACACUUGUGGUUCUUCGUCUGUGUUAUGGCCUCGAGCAUAUACUACAAAGGCACGGCGAUUGCUGAGUUUUCUAACUUGCUGCUCAUUCUUUACGCCGGCUAUCUCCCUGGGCUUCUGGCCAGCAUCACGCUUUACAGGCUUUUCUUCCAUCGUCUUCGUGGUUUUAAUGGCCCAUGGUAUGCCCGAAUCACAAAGCUUUGGCACGUAUGGGCAUGCAGAGACUGCAAGAACCAUCUCGUGCUCGAGAAGCUGCACGAGCAGUAUGGUGAUUUCGUCAGGACAGGACCCAGCGAGGUUACCGUUUUCCACCCUGGAGUUUUCAUGGCUGUAGAUGGUCCCCGAUCGGAAUGCAUCAAGGCAGAGUGGUAUGACAUCUUACACCCCGAUCGAGCGCUCGUUACAACCCGUGUCAAGCCAAUUCACGCCGCUCGACGCCGUGAAUGGAACCGUGGGUUCUCAGCUCAAGCCCUUGUUCAGCACGAGUCAAAAAUUCUCAAGUAUAUUGAGCAACUGGAUCAGUGCAUCGAAGCCAAUGCCAAAGCGAACGUUCCAUCUGAAGUGCGGGACCUCUUCUUCUGGUUUGGUUUCGAUGUUAUGGGUGACUUUGUUUUCAGCAAAUCGUUUGACAUGCUGCAUCAACAACAGUGGCAUCACAUCAUUGUGCGGCUCCAGCGGGCUCUGUCGUUGCUGGGCCCCUUCAGCCCUGCGCCUUGGUUGAUCCAGAUAGGCUUCAAACUUGCACCUCGAGUGGGAGUUCUCAAGGAUUGGUUCGACAUGGUCGCCUGGUGCGAGCGUCAGAUGAAGACGAGGCUGGACGACGCAUGUCCCAAGCCUUCUGUGCCUGAUCUUGCGUAUUACUUGAUGGAACUGAACGAAGGCCAGACCGAGAUGAAGGACCGCCUGACGUGGCUGUUUGGUGACAGUCUACUUGCCAUUGUGGCUGGAAGUGACAUAUACAUCAGUGAACCUACUGCAGCCGCUCUCAUUGGAAUCUUCUGCGAGAUGGCAAAACACCCCCAGCAUAUCGACAAGAUCUAUGAAGAGUUGAAAGACGUUGACGUGACUGACCUGAAAACACUCACAAGUCUACCGCACCUCAACGCCGUCAUUAAUGAGGGUCUACGUCUCUACCCAGCUCUCCUGACCGGUGGAGCUAGGAAGACUACAGAGAAGGGGGCAAGCAUUGGCGGCACAUUCAUCCCGCCCAACACGACCAUUAUUGCACCCAGACAUGUCAUUUCCAGAAGAGAGGAUUGCUUCGAGCGACCCAACGAGUUCAUCCCUGAAAGAUGGAGCACUCGUCCAGAAAUGGUCCGCAACGCAGCAGCUUUCGCACCUUUUGGGACAGGUCAUCACAGCUGCCUUGGUCGUUUCCUCGCCAUGGACACCAUGAGGUUUGUCGUUGCGAGAUUGGUCAACAAUUAUCACAUCCGUCUUGCUCCAGGCGAGACCGGAACUCGCGUUUUUGACGGUAUCCGAGACCAGUUCACGUCGAAUCCGGGACCCCUGUCGCUUUGUUUUGAAUUGAGGUGA